AUUUUUCAACGUCGUCCAAGCUGGAACGUUUGACACAACGAAAGUUUUCGGUGAGGCUUCUGCCACCUUGAAGGCCUUCAAAGGCGUGAAAUCAUUUUCCGUCUGAUUAUACCGAAAGAUACGUACGCUUUCUGCGCAACAAACGGCUAACACGAGCUGUCUGAGCAGACUUUCGAAGUCGUCGACGCGGGCGAGCUGGCACUGCCGAGCGUUUGUUAGCCCGGUGACUGUUACCGUUUCGCUUUGCGCGAAAGAGUUGGAUUCCUGCGAGAACUGACUGUAGAUGUACACCUUACACUGCCUUCCCAUGGACUUGAGGCGUGCAACGAAUAUUCUGUUUGUGAAAACGCAGCAGGUAUCAGACAUAACUCACAACUUCACGCGUUGAAAAGUUGACAAACGAAUGCGCGCAUUUUUUUAUUGGCUUCGCUACCGGCUUGUCUUAAUCCAAUCCAAGCUGUUCAGCCGUAACCGCGGGCCUGCGAUUUCUGUCGGAGUUUGUUUGGACAUGUGUGAGCUUGUCUGUUUGGGGCUGGGCGGCUUAUCACUUUCCACCGCUAUCACCAGGUUAUCACCAUGAGUACGUUCGGUGGAACCUUGCAGGAGUACGAUCGCAUAUCCAUCGACAAUUUCACCGAACACAACCUCAGAUCAACAGUCUUCCUCCUAUCGCACUGUCACAAGGACCACAUGAACGGUUUGAGCUCCCAACCGUUUUUUGAUCGUUUACAAAGCAGAAGCGACGUUAAGCUGUAUCUCUCCGAGGUGUCCUGCAUUCUGUUACUUAAUGACCCCGAAUACGAACACCUCAAACCGUACACGGUGACCAUUCCGGUUGACUGUCCAACCACGAUCAAAGUGCCCAGUGACACCAGCAAGCCAGCUUACAGCGUGGUCGUCACCUUGAUUUCAGCCGAGCAUUGCCCUGGUUCAACUAUGUUUUACCUCGAAGGACUUCAGGGCAACGUCCUCUAUACGGGCGACUUCAGACUGAGUGGAAGUGAACGUCAGCUCCAAGUCUUGUACGACGAAGACGGGUCACCCAAGCCUCUGAAAUGCGCAUACGUUGACACGACCUUCUGUUUUCCCGGCGCAAACUAUAUACCUGGUCGGAUAGACUGUUCAGAAGCGCUGGUCAACCUCGUAAAGCCUUUUCUGGCCGAAACAGACUGCCAUAUUCUGUUGGAUACAUUCGCGCAGUACGGCUACGAACACCUAUAUCAAGUACUCUGGCACACUUUUGGGAUGAAGGUACACGUGGGAGCCGGCAAAAUGAAUCGUUACAAAGGGCUGGAGUCCAUCCAAGAAGCUAUGACGCUGGAUGCCAGCUCGACUAGGUUUCAUGCAAAAGUGGGCUAUACCAAUUGCCGUUGUCCUUUAGUGAACUAUGUAGCUGUAAAGCUGUCAACUAUGUGGUUUGUGAAUCAUGUGACCGUCAAUAAUUUGGUGGAAAGAAUUGCGAAGAACAGUUACAGGGUGUGUUAUUCGAUGCACGCGUCACUGACAGAGGUGAGGAACCUUCUGGAAGAUCUCCAGCCGGAGAGGAUUUGUGCAAAUGUGAAACUGGAUGGCUGGGACGUAGUUAAGCUUGUGCAGCCAAGUAGUGUUUGUAAGAGACACAAAGUGGACAACGGUCAUUCGUCAAGUGUAAGCGAGGAUAAGAAAUCCGGUCCGGUGUGGUCGUAUUGGAGCUCGGACGAAAAUGACUCUGACAAUGACUAAGUGGACUAUCUGUAGACUCAUGACCAUCAUCAUGGUGGUGGACACACAUGCACAAAGUCUAAGAAGAUUGAGUAGAACAAAAAACAAUAUGCAAGCAUGUGGAUUCCAUAAUACUAUCCCAUUUUUCUGUUGUUACUGUUUCUGUAGUCUGUGAGGGUUCUGUAACCUGUUUAUUUUCCCUUGUAUAAGCUUUACAGAAUCUUAUUGUUAAAAUACGAAUUUAUUGGUAUAAUAUGUGCAAAUGACUUAUGAAAUGUAUGUUUGUCAGGUAAUCAACCUGUCUAUGCAUGCCACGGAAAUUCAUGAAAAAUAUCUUGUGUGCCUUU